CGUUUUAGACUUCAUCAUUCUUAUUUAGGGCAUUGUGCUUGGAUUAAAAUGUAUUUGGGGUUUUAAUGAUCUUGCAUGUAAAUGGAAGGAAUGAUCCAAAGUGCCAAGAAUGAAUGUGAUGUUAAACAACCUGUAUGGAGGCACCAGCAGCAGGCAGAAGAAACAAUAGUUCAGUUGUUGAAUCAGAUUAAUAACAGUUCAAGUACCUUCUCAUGUAUGGAGGUUAUUCAAAAAGAGAAAGUGCCUAAUGCCUAUAUAUUCCUCCAUAAUACAAAAUAACUUACACGACACAUCAUAUCUAUUUGAACACUUUUUGAAUUCAUCUUCAGCCUUGCUGUAUUUCUCAUGCUGUUUAAUAGUUACAGUAACAGUUUGACGUUUGAGUUUGGAAUGCCGCCUACAAACAUUUAUUACGGUACAGCAAAGAUGGCUGAAAGGACUAUUCUGUGUAGUGAUUCAUACUUGAUGUGAUGUAGAAAGUCUGUUGGAACCCAGUGUUCAACGGUUCAAGCAGACUGGUAACUGGAAGGUUAGAAAGAGACAUAAACACCCCUAAACAACAGUUAUAUAAGUUCAUGUCAUUGGUAGAAGAAACUGGAAGCUUAGCAUUGAAAUUCCUGCACAUUUAAAGAGUCUGGAUGGAGCUCAUGAAGGCAUCAAGCCAAAAUGUAUCAGUCUGAUAAUAAGUUGUUUUGUACGCUACAAGUCUUUCUGGAGUUUUGAUCUCUUUAGACAUUUUCUCUUCUCCAUGCAGCUUGUUAAUAGGCGAAAUGAAAUGAAAUGAAAACAUGUAAUAUUACAGGUGAAACCCCAAAUUUUAAUCAGUAGAGUAUAUUGUGUGUCCAAUAUGCACUACUAAACACAAGACUUGUGAUAUGACUUUCCUGUACAUAACAGCCAUGUUUUCUUAUCUUUAUUUAAGCUGUCAGAGCAGUCAAAGUAAAGAUGAAGCAUCCUGAUCUAUUGAUUCUGAUUCUCCUCAUCACAAGAUUCAGAGUGACCUUGGAAAAACACCACACGCCAGAGAGCAUGAGGUCGCCCUAUUUCCCAGCGAGGACGGUGCUUUUCCACAAGGAGCCAAACGGAGUGACGUACAGAGUCCCAGCACUGCUCUACCUGUCCCGCUCCAGAUCCUUCCUGGCCUUUUGUGAGGAGAGACUCAGCCCGUCCGACUCUCAGGCUCACCUGCUGAUCAUGAGGAGAGGCACCUUCUACAGGAACUAUGUGGAGUGGGAGGACAUGCGUGUCCUUGGCACUGCCUUCCUGCCAGGCCACCGGUCCAUGAACCCGUGCCCGGUGUACGAUGAGUUCACGGGUACCCUCUUCCUGUUCUUCAUCGCCGUCUUCGGCCACACCUCAGAGUCCUAUCAGCUGGUGACGGGGAAGAACGUGACCCGUCUCUGCUACAUCUGCAGCACUGAUGACGGAGACACCUGGAGUCCCGUCACCGACUUAACCAAGAAGGUCAUAGGGGAUACUAUCAAAGAAUGGGCCACUUUCGCUCUGGGCCCGGGCCACGGCAUCCAGCUCAAGUCCGGUCGCCUGCUGAUUCCUGCCUAUGCUUACCACAUCGAGUGCAAAGAGUGCUUCGGACAGCUCUGCCAGACCACCCCCCAUGCCUUCUGCUUUCACAGUGACACCCACGGGCGAAGCUGGCGUUUUGGGGAGGCAGUGCCGGGGCCGGAGAGCGUGGAGUGUCAGAUGGUGUCUGUGGAUGAAGAGGAUGGGACUAACGUGUUGUACUGCAAUGCUCGCAGCCCUCUGGGAUACAGGGUGCAGGCCCUCAGUCUGGAUGACGGAGCAGUGUUUCAGGAGGGGCAGCUGGUGCAGCGGCUGGUGGAGCCCCGAAAUGGCUGCCAUGGUAGCAGUGUGGGAUUUCCUGCCCCUAUACAUUUAUGUCAUUCUCUUAACCAUCACUUACACCAACCCAAACAUCUCUGCAGACACUGGACUUCCUGCAUGAACUAUUCAAAUCACACCGACCCUCCCUCUCCAAACACCGCCACUAAUGUUUCACCCAGUCACGCCUCCCCUCCAGACUUCCUCACCCCCACCUGGGUGGUAUACACCCAUCCAACAUGGACCACCGCGCGCAAGGACCUGGGUGUGUUCCUCAGCCUAUUUCCCCGCGAUCCCGACAGCUGGCGCGGCCCCUGGGUGAUCUACGAGGGCCCCAGCGCCUACUCUGACCUCUCCUACCUGGAGUUGCCACCCUCACCUGGUGCGCCACCCGCUGUGGCCUUCGCCUGCCUGUUUGAGUGCGGCACCAGAACAGCCUACGACGAAAUCUGCUUCUGCAUCUUCACCCUCUACGAACUCAUUGACAAUCUGCCCCGCAGUGUGCAGCUGGGGAAAAAAAACAAGGAUGAAUGUAAAAGGCAUCAGAAUAAAGUCUCGGGGACAAGUUGCACAAGCAGACAUAAUGCUCAGAGUAUGCCAGGUUUCCAUCAGGUGAAGAAGAGGAGGAAGAAGAGCAAGUUGGCCGAGAUGUGCUCUGUGUCUUAAAUGUAGUUUUUAAGCUUUGAUUACGGAGGGCAAAGUGUAAAUACACUCAGCGGCCACUUUAUUAGAUACAGCUGUACAAUCUAAUGCAGUCCAACCUGUUGUGCCAUAAAUACUUAUUUUAAUGCUGCCUAUAAAGUUCCAUUUUUGUUGACACUGUCUUAGAAGAGCUCGUUCAAUUAUAUGUUUAAGCACAGAGGUCAUAAUUUUAGUUAGAUCAACACUAUAAUUCUUAUAUCUGCUUCUAACAAGCAUAUAAAGCUAUAUUUUUAAUGGGGAAUUGUAAUAAAACGUCUGGAGUGAAAUUUCACAAGCCAUUUUUUGAGCACAAUUCAUUUUUUUGUCCGUCACUCUACUUUCAUCAAAGACGGACUGACAUAAAAUGGGACUGCGUGAUGAAACUACAGCUACUUGUGACUCUUGCCAAUCUGAUGGUUGACAAAUCAAAAACCAACAAUAGACCACAUGGUGAGAUUGUUUUUGUCAACUACUUUUUUCAAGAAUCAACUUUAAAUCUAAAGGAAAAUUUCCGUCUUUCCACUCUCAGUUCUCUUUAACGUAUCAUACACAAGAACUUUUCAGCAGCCAAACACAGAAACUAAUAUUAAGACAAAGCCAAGCAGAACAAACCCAUGUUAUCAUUGUAUCAGUCUGUGGUUCAUAAACUCAACUCUUUAAGAAAAUGAGGUACUGAGAGAGGUUCCAACUUUUCUAGCUGCUUUUCUGAUCUUUAUACAAUUCUCCUUUAUACUCUGACAUCUUGAAGAGUGAAGAUUUAGGGCUUUAAC